AUGGCUACCGAAUUCACCAAGAUCAAGGUCAAGAACCCCGUCGUGGAGCUCGACGGUGAUGAGAUGACCCGUAUCAUCUGGAAGGAGAUCAGAGAGAAGUUGAUCCUGCCUUACCUCGAUAUCGACCUCAAGUACUACGAUCUUGGUCUUGAGUACCGUGAUCAGACCGACGACAAGGUCACCGUCGAGGCCGCUGAGGCCAUCAAGAAGUAUGGUGUCGGUGUCAAGUGCGCCACCAUCACUCCCGAUGAGGCCCGUGUUGAGGAGUUCAAGCUGAAGAAGAUGUGGCUGUCCCCCAACGGCACCAUCCGUAACAUCCUCGGCGGUACCGUCUUCCGUGAGCCCAUCAUCAUCCCCGCCAUCCCCCGUCUUGUCCCCGGAUGGACCAAGCCCAUCAUCAUUGGCCGCCACGCUUUCGGUGACCAGUACCGUGCCACCGACCGCGUCAUCCCCGGCCCCGGAAAGCUCGAGCUCGUCUACACCCCUGCCGGCGGUGAGGCUGAGACCAUCAAUGUCUACGACUUCCAGGGUGGUGGCAUUGCCCAGACUCAGUACAACACUGAUGAGUCCAUCCGCGGAUUCGCCCAUGCCAGUUUCCAGAUGGCCCUGCUCAAGGGUCUUCCUCUGUACAUGAGCACCAAGAACACCAUCCUGAAGAAGUACGAUGGUCGCUUCAAGGACAUCUUCCAGGAGAUCUACGAGUCUACCUACCAGAAGGACUUCGAGGCCAAGAAGAUCUGGUACGAGCACCGUCUCAUUGACGACAUGGUCGCCCAGAUGAUCAAGAGCGAGGGUGGCUUCGUCAUGGCUCUCAAGAACUACGACGGUGAUGUUCAGUCUGAUAUUGUCGCUCAGGGCUUCGGCUCCCUUGGUCUGAUGACCUCCACUCUGGCCACCCCUACCGGUGAGGCUUUCGAGUCUGAGGCUGCCCACGGUACCGUGACUCGUCACUACCGCGAGCACCAGAAGGGCCGUGAGACCUCCACCAACCCCAUUGCCUCUAUCUUCGCCUGGACCCGUGGUCUGAUCCAGCGUGGCAAGGUCGACGAGACCCCCGAGGUUGUGGCCUUCGCUGAGGAGCUCGAGAAGGCUUGCAUUGACGUUGUCAACGAGGAGGGUAUCAUGACCAAGGACUUGGCUCUGGCCUGUGGCCGCAAGGAGCGCGAGGCCUGGGUCACCACCCGCGAGUACAUGGCUGCCGUUGAGCGUCGCCUCAAGUCCAACCUUAAGGCUCGCCUGUAA